AUGGCUGCGCGUAGGGACGAGAACUACGUAGACGGCGCUGAGUUUGAUGAUUCUGACGAACUCAUUGAGGAAAAUUCUGAUGACUCGGAUGAGUUCCACGCGCUGCCAUCUCUCGCGCAUUCAUCCGUCAAGUCCACUUUGACGUUGGGGUCUAAGCGCAAGGCAGGCGAGGCGCACGACGACGCAGCCGCCUCUGGAAGUGCCUCGCGAACCGAAAAGAGAAAACAAUCGCAGAAAAAUGCUGGAUACAGUUGGGAAGCUGCGUACCAACGCUCAUGGGACCAUGUACAAGAAGAUGAAAGCGGAAAUUUGGAGAGCGCUGUUCGACAAAUGUUGGAGGUCAGUAAACGCAAGCGCAGUCUCCGUGAUAGCGCACCUGUACAGCGCGGUAUCAUUCGACACCUAGUUCUUGUUUUAGAUCUGAGUGAGGAUAUGAUGGACCGGGACUUGCGGCCAACUCGGUAUGUGCCUCUGCGCAAACUGACGAGUAGCUUCGACUUGACGCUCCAGCUAUGUCGACAGUUUGUGUCCGACUAUUUUGACCAAAAUCCUAUCGGACAGCUGGCCAUUGUUUGUGCUCGUGAUGGACUUGCCGAGAGGCUCUCCUUGAUGGGCGGGAACACGUUCGAUCAUGGUGCCGUUCUUGCUAGCAAACGCAAACUCGAACCUCGAGGUGAACCUAGCCUCCAAAACGCCCUUGAAAUGGCCCGCAACUGCCUCUCGUAUGUGUGA